AUGGCAGCGGUUGACUGUCGUGUCGGCCGCCAACUAUACAUGAAAUUCGAAGACGUCGAGCUAUCCCUCGAGAGUGAAGGGACAGAGGAGCCGGUCACCAAUGUCGUUAUUCGUGUGAUUGUCAAGUACGAGAAAGGCGAGAAGUUCUCCGUCGACAAUCGCACACGCUGUGCCAUUAUCUUCAAGUAUUUUGAGUCUCCAUCUCGCGAGAUCAGCUGGUCCGCUACGUUUCGAUCUUGGGACCUUAACGCCGCGGAUAUCAUUCUCCUCUUGAUGGCACACAGUCUCAGACACGGGCUAUUCUUGGAUGGUAGCACGCUUGAGGAGGUCCUCCACGCCGCGUACCUCCGCAGGGAUCGCCGACUUCGGUGGAAAUGUCCCACAUAUCCUUUGGUGUUGGCCAUUGACGGGAGAAACUGGGGUAAGCUGGUGAUUCAGAAACCGGCUACUUACCAACAAGUCCAUUCCACGUUCGAAAAAAAGGGUGAUUUAGCUGGAUAUCUUAAUUACCUUCGGAUCCAUGAUAUGAGAAGGGAGGGGGGGGCCCACGACCUCGCCGAUGUCGAUCCAGGACUGAUGCGCACUGCACACGAAGGCAUAGCUCGAGCACAGGGUUAUAGCAGUGUGAAAAUGAGUAAGGGUGAUAACAAGCAGCAAGACGAAGAUCUUGUUACGCAUAAAGCACUACUCAAAGAUACUGCUGUUGAUCGGCUACUGGUACAGUAUAUUCGUGAGAAUCAGGAUGAGUCAAUCAGAGAAUCUGGAUAUCCUCUCGAUUUCUACUUGGGUGUAUCGCCACCGCCGAGUGAUAAGGCUCCUUACAAUGAAUGGCAGCAUGUUCGGGAGAGGGCUGGACGUCGAGUUAAUCGUAUUUAUCGCACCCAGCAAAGAGAUGAUCCAGGACAUCCAGCCACUAUCACUCACAAACCGCCAUACAACGAUUAUGUUCGCAAGCCCAUCCUAGCCUCAGGCAUUCCCAAUUCGUCUUCAACCUCUAUACAGGUACCUCUUUCUCUACAGCCACUUCGUCGGUCAGGUCGUCAGUCAGAUACAACACUGAACACUGAGGCAAGCAAUACCAUGCGACCUCCAUUGCUUGAGGACCAUACACUUGUUGAAGAUGAUCUCGAGGAGGCUGCUUCGUCGGAAGAUGAUUUUGAGGACUCUGCUUCGAUAGAAGCCGAUCUCGAGGAUACUACUCUGAUGGAAGAUGAUCUCGAAGCCAACAACCCCAAUAGUUCGUCUGCUUCUACGCUGACCAUAUUUGAAAGUCUCAGACAGGAUCCUGCGUCCAAGAAGGACAACGACAAGAAUGUUCUAUUGGAGGACAGCAUGGACAUGAUUUCGUCAUCUCUGCAAACACCCCUCGUUGACGAGACUACGCAGGCCACCGACCCGUUCCUACUGAGUGGAACUGACUGGGUUCUUUAUCUUUCUCGAUACAAUAUGGUCGGUUACAACCGCGGCCGCAAUAUCGAUAUCGCGGAAGCACACAUUGCAACUCGCGUCGAGUCUGAUAAUACCCGGGAUGCGCCGUCUCUAAUGGUAUUCCGGUGUUCAAACUGUCCAUUCGUCGCAACAUCCCAUCUAUAUUAUGAAAACCACCCCGAAAAAUGUCUUGAUAAUAUCGAAAAGGCGGGAAAAGAAGCUAUUAAUGGAAAGCGUAGCCACCACCUCCGUCGAAUAAGAAGCCAUUCCCUUGCCCACACGUCGCCCUGGGUAUAG